AAUAAAAAUAAUAGAACUUGAAUAAAUAAAAUAUUGCAAAAUAUGCAGUGCUGUAUUAUUGCUGGUAAAAUGAGUAUCCAUUUCCAGCACGUGAUCUCUAAGUUGGUAUUGUAGGUUACUGUAUUUUAAUUUUCAUAAAAUCACAAAUAAAUUGAAUUCAUUGUAGAGAAUGAGCGCGUUUUCUUCAUUAUUUGAAAAUAUAUCGUAAACAUAAAUCCAGUAAAAUUAAAUUAUGGGUUCCUGGUCAACCGACGAACUGGCGACCGAACGGAAUUCUCCUCUCCCCGUUCCGUCCCGCCGGCGGUAUUGAUCGCAGAUUCUCCCAGCUGAUCUCGACCGAGACGUCCUUGAACACAUUCCGUCCGUUCACGCAGCGACAACCUCGACGGAAUUCGGUCGUGUUCGGGGCGUUUCGGCCCACAUUUCCGCCGCCGAUGCGAUCAGUUUUAUUUUAAGACGCACAGAAAUGGCUCCUUUGUUGCUAAGUAUGGAAAAGUUGAUAACAGAAGUGGAAAAACAGCCCUGCAUUUGGAAUAUCCAUCACACUAGCUAUUUCGACAAACAGCUAAAAACGAAAGUGUGGCAGAAAAUAUGUCGGGAGUUUUUUCCAGACACGGGAAAAGACUCGGUAGAUGAAACUAGUAAAAUUGUUUUUAUGCAAAAGAAGUGGAAAUCGGUGAGGGACUACUACAUAAAGCAGCGGAAAGAGGUGGAUGGGGCUGGGUUUUCGAAACGGAAAAAGUAUAUUUAUUUUGAUAUGCUUCGUUUUUUGGAAAGUAGUUCAGGUUUGAAACCUAUCAGCGAUAGAUCCGACUUACCAGGUAGUUCUAUCAAACCCGACGAACUAAGUCAAGAAGACAGCUUAGAACUAUCGCAAGAAGGCAAAGAAGACUUUAUAAAGCAAGAAGAAUUCGAAGAACAUGAUCUUUCAGAACCCGAACCCGAACCAGAACUAGAACAACUGUGUCAUUCCACGUUCACAACGAAGAGAACAGAAAUCGACGAAGACGAAAUGUUCCUCUUGUCACUUUUACCGUCAAUCAGAAAACUCGACCCUUUACAGAAGUUGAAUUUUAAGCUAGAAGUGAUGAAAUCUCUCAAGAACGUGCAAUUUCCAACCACCAACUAACCUUAUUGUUUCUAAGCAAAUAUAUAUUUUUUAAUAAAUUGUUAGUUGUCA